GGACGCCGUGGUGGACAGCACGUGGAUGGCAGUCGCGGGCUGAGAGGAGGAUCGUCAUCGUGGUUCGGUGUGGGCGCGAGAAUUGAAGUGACUGGAGUGUAUGAAUGUACUUCGGAGGAUAAAGCAAAGUUACGUCUGAGAUUUAGCUGGGUGAAUUAGAUAAUCGGUCAGAUUAAAAUAACGUUAGGGUUUCCGGGGACGGGUAUCGACCGACGGCCUGUAUAGGUCCGGACCGGUGCCCGUUACCUUGCUUUCUUUAUUUCUUUCUUUCUUUAUUUCUUUCUUUUCUAUAACCUUAGCGGAUAGGGAUGAAAGGUAGGGGUAGGAGGGGAUCUAGGGCCGGGAGGGAGGAUGGAAGUGUAGGGAAAGGGGAUGGGGGACAGGGGAGAGAAGGAAAGAGACCAAGAACGAACAGUCAAAAUUCAUCGAACGAAGAAGACAUGGAGAGUUUUAGUUCUGAGGGAGAGAGCAGGGAGGAAGGAACUAGGUUGGUUAUACGGUUUGCUGAGGGAGGUGGGAUAGGGAAAAUGAAUCCGUUUAAGCUGACAAGGGAACUGACAGGGAAGUGCGGAGAGCUGAAGUAUGCGAGGGUUUUGGGAGACGGCAAUUUAAUUGUGGAAUGUUCAAGUGAUGUACAGGAAGCCUUGGUGAGGAAGUUAACUAAGGUGGGUGAGAGUAGAGUGGUGAGGGUAGUGCGGGUUGGAGUGCAGGGGAGAAGAUGUAAGGGAGUGAUUACUGGGAUUCCUAUCGAGGUAGGGGAUGAGGAGUUGAAGGAGAAGCUACGUGCUAGGGGCACGGGAAUUGCCAAUGUUAAAAGAAUGACAAGGGGUCCAGAAAAGAAGACAACCGAGACAGUGUUGGUAGAAUUUGAAGGAGAGGUAAUCCCAGAUAAAGUGUACCUAGAGUACAUUAGCUAUUUUGUGAGGGCAUUUAUACCGAAGCCGAUGAGGUGUUACAAGUGUCAGUCAUUUGGCCACAUUGCAAGAUAUUGUAAGGAGAACAGGAGAUGUGCGAGGUGCACUGGGGACCAUGAGUAUGGGAAAUGUGGGGAGGGUACCAAGCCAAGAUGCUGUAGCUGUGGGGGGGAACAUAGUGUCACGUGUGGGGGUUGUCCAGUUAUGAAGAGGGAGGCAGAAGUUCAGAAAAUCAGGGUGCUAGAUAAGAUAAGUUAUGCAGAGGCAGCAAAGAUGGUAAGACAGAGGGAGGAAAGGUCACAGGGAGUAGAGGAGACAGGGGGUGGUGGAAGAAAGGGGACUUGGGGGUUGGGGAGAGAGCAGUCAGAUCAGGAUAGGAUAGGGAUAGACAAAAGGCAGUUAAUAGUAUUUAUUGUGGCAGCUAUCAACUCAACAAGCAAGUCUACAUCUAAGACCACCAAUAUACAAUAUAUUGUGAAGGCAGCAGCCGAUCAUCUGGGGAUGGAAGGACUAAAGUGGGAGGAGAUAGAGGCGGAGAUUAAGAACCAGAGUCGAAGCCAGGAGGUAGGAAAGUCACCUCAUGCUCAUGGUUCGGGUGCUGCAGUGGAAUGCUAGGAGCCUGAUGGCUAAUGGACAGGAGAUGAAACACUAUAUAAGGAAGAUGAAGAUACAGCCAGACGUAGUUUGUGUUCAGGAAACUUUUUUGAAACCUAGCUUAGAUUUUAAGGUUAGUGGGUAUAUGACAAUCAGGAGGGAUAGGAGUGAAGAAGAAGCAAGAGGAGGGUGCGCAAUAUUUAUUAGGCAGGGUAUUUCUUAUAGGUUGAUAGAAAGUGGGGAAGAGCAGGAAUAUAUAGUGGUAGAGUUGUGGGAGGGAGGGGAGGCGGUGGUUAUAGUUAACUACUAUAAUCCAGGGGGGAGGUUAAUAUUGGAUAGGUUAGUUAGGAUAAAAGGGGUUGAUAGACGAAAGGUUAUCUGGUGCGCAGACUUUAAUGCACAUAACACUUUGUGGGGUGGGAAACACACAGAUGUAGAUGGUAGGGUAGUUGAGGAGCUAAUGGAGGAGAGGGAAUUAGUAUGUUUAAAUGAUGGGAGAGGGACUAGAAUAGAUGUCAGAACAGGAAAUGAGUCAGCUAUAGAUAUUACAUUGGUAUCAGCAAGUUUGGCAGGAGUCAGUAAAUGGGAAGUGUUGUCAGGAAAGUCGCUAGGUAGUGAUCAUUAUUUAAUCAUGUGUACAGUAGGGGGAAGAGUGGAGGUGGGGGCGGGUAGGGGGAUCCGGAAAUGGGUGUAUAGUAAAGCAGAGUGGAAUAAAUUUAGGGAGGUGAGUGAGGAUCUACUGGAGGUAGUUGAUACAAACAGGGAUGUGGAAGAAGUCAACAAUAGUGUUACAACAGCAAUAAUCACAGCAGCAACUCAAGCUAUUCCGAGGAGCAGAAAUGGGAGGACCAGGAAGUUAGUUCCAUGGUGGUCAGAGGAGUGUAGCAAGGCAGUGAAAGCCCGAAAUAAAGCAUUCAGAAAGAUUAAACAAAACCAUACUAUGGCAAGUCUGUUAGAAUAUCAGAGAGCACAAGCAUUGGUGAGGAGAGUAGUUCGACGCACAAAGAGGGAGAGUUGGAGACAGUUUUGUAAUGGUAUAGGGAGAACAACACCAGUAGGAGAAGUAUGGGGUAUGAUAAGGAAGAUGGGAGGGGACAGGAGGGAGUGGGAAUAUCCUGUAAUUACAGAGGAAGGAGAGACAGCAGUAAAUGAUAAGGAAAAGGCUGAGAUGAUAGCCAGGGCAUUUGCAAAGGUGCAUAGUGUAGACAAUCUGACAAUGGAGGGGAAGAGGAGAAGAGAGAUGACUCAGAGUAGAUAUCCAGGUGCUCUAGACAGGAGGACGGAUUCAGGGGGGAGAUAG